UUGUUGUGUUUGGGUCUCAUUGCAGGUGAACCUAAUGAUAUGGCCAAUGACAGAUAGGGGGAGGGGCUUCUGUCUACAAAGGUGUCCUGUUUCCCCGCCAACCUGUGUAAGUAAACCUCCCAAGUGUAAAAAAAAAUAAAACUCCCAUUUUGCUUCAAGGUGACGAGUCUGGGAAUUAGCCUCCGGAAGGGGGCGUGACUGAGCUGCGAGUCGUGGGCGGAGCUAAGGCAUCCCAGUGCGCGCUCUGCCUGGCGCUUCACAUAUCUUCACAGAUCUUCACAGAUCCAGCAGGUUUUACUCUUGCUCGGCGUUCUUUCUGCCAGAGGAUGGCUGGGGACUGUACCGGAAGGUGAAGACAAAAGUUGUGACGACUUUUUUUUAUUUUUAAAAAAACGUAACAAUGCGAUAAAAGUGACCGCGCUCAGCUUUUACGCACCGAGCAGGACCAUGUCCCACGCGCAGGUCGAGAUCCCCGGACGCGGCUUCCCGGGCUUGUCCGUGGAUCUGAGCGACGACUGCCUGUCCCGGGUGCCCUCCGUGCUCAGGGCGCACGGCUUGGGCGCCCGCAGGAACUCCUACGGACUCCAGAAGAUCAGCAUGGACGUGGACUCGCCUCUCUACGGCGGCGCCCUCUGCAAAGCUCUCUCCUGGUCGGCCGAGAACAUCCUCAGCCUGCCGGAGUCCCGAGCUGAGGAGGAGGAGGAGGACGAUGAAGAGGAGGAGGAAGAAGAAGAAGAGGAAGACAAACCCCCCAGGAGUCCUCAUCCCGAUGCCUCGGGGAAGUGGGAUCCGGUGCCCAGAGCCAGCUCGGACUCUGACAACGAGCUGGCCCGGGGGAAAGGUCACAAGGUGGCCUCGCUGAUGACCUUUGACCUGCGGUGGGAGCAGGACGAAGAGAAGGAGGACGUGGAGACCAAAGCGGUGGCAACGUCCCCGGAUGGGAGAUACCUCAAGUUCAACAUCGAGAUCGGGAGGGGGUCUUUCAAGACCGUCUACAAGGGCCUGGACACCGAGACCACCGUGGAGGUGGCCUGGUGUGAGCUGCAGACCCGGAAGCUGACCAAGGCGGAGCGGCAGCGUUUCAGCGAGGAGGUGGAGAUGCUGAAGGGCCUCCAGCAUCCCAACAUCGUCCGCUUCCACGACUCCUGGAAGUCCACGGUGAAGGGCCACAAGUGCAUCAUCCUGGUGACGGAGCUCAUGACCUCGGGAACGCUCAAAACCUACUUGAAGAGGUUCAAGGAGAUGAAGCUGAAGCUGCUGCAGCGCUGGAGUCGACAGAUCCUCAAGGGGCUCCACUUCCUGCACACGCGCACGCCGCCCAUCAUCCACCGGGACCUCAAGUGCGACAACAUCUUCAUCACCGGGCCCACCGGCUCCGUGAAGAUCGGGGAUCUGGGGCUGGCCACGCUCAAAAGUGCCUCCUUCGCUAAAAGUGUCAUUGGGACGCCGGAGUUCAUGGCUCCAGAGAUGUACGAGGAGAAGUACGACGAGGCGGUGGACGUCUACGCCUUCGGCAUGUGCAUCCUGGAGAUGGCCACCUCCGAGUAUCCGUACUCGGAGUGCCAGAACGCCGCGCAGAUCUACCGCAAAGUCACCAGCGGCAUCAAACCCGACAGCUUCUACAAAGUCAAAGUGGCGGAACUGAAGGAGAUCAUCGAAGGCUGCAUCCGCAUGAACAAAGGAGAAAGGUACACCAUCCAGGACCUCCUGGAGCACCCCUUCUUCCAGGAGAACAACGGCGUGCACGUGGAGCUGGCUGAGGAGGACGACACGGUCAAGCCGGGCCUGAAGCUGUGGCUGCGCAUGCACGACGCCAAGAAGCUCCACGGGAAGUACAAGGACAACAACGCCAUCGAGUUCCUCUUCGAGCUCUACAAGGACGUCCCCGAGGAGGUGGCGCAGGAGAUGGUGGUGCUCGGCUUCGUGUGCGAGGCCGACUUCAAGCUGGUGGCCAAGGCCAUACGGGACCGGGUGACGGCCAUCAAGCGGCAGAGGGAGAAGCUGAGGCGGCAGGCGGAGGAGCAGAGGAGGAAGCGGGAAGCCAUCGAGGAGGAGCCGGAGCCCUCCUCCCCGGCGCCGGCCACCCCGCCGCCACGGCCGCCCGGCCACACCCCGUCGCCCCUCCUGUCUCCCGUCACCAGCUCGGCCGACUCGGGCGUGGGAUCCAGCUACCCCGCCGAGCCGGAGGAGCCCGAGGCGGACCAGCACUUUGACCUCCGCCAUAACAGCCUCUCCUCCGCCAAUUCUGACUGCGAGACGGACGGCGAUCUCAGCUCCUCCGGCCUCCAGGACACCCAGGAAGCCACACCCCCCACCUCGUACGGCCUCCCCAUCCCGGCCCUCCGCUUCCCCUCGAGCAUCGCCGUGUCCAGCACCACAGAACACGCCAACCCAGGAUCUCCAAGCGGCUUGAAUUCUCCCUUGGACAGCUACGCCUCCGACGUGACUUCGGGCCUGAGUGACGGCUACGAGGGCGUGACGGAGAAGAGCGAGAGACCGGCCGCCAAGCGAACCGCCGCCAAGCUCUUCAGGCGGAGGGUGCGCUCUCGGCUGCGCAUCACGGGGCUGUCCGAUAAGGUGGACCGCGUGGUGGAGUGUCAGCUGCAGACGCACAACGACAAGAUGGUGACCUUCAAGUUUGACCUGGAUGGAGACAACCCGGAGGACAUCGCCGCCGUCAUGGUACACAACGAGUUCAUCCUGCCCUCGGAGAAGGAAGGCUUCGUCUACCGCAUGGGGGACAUCAUCAAGCGGGCCGAGGCGCUCAUGGCCAAGGAGCAGCCGGUGCACCCCAGCGGGCACCGCCCCCCCCAGCCUGCUUUCCAUGGCGGUGCCAACCUACUCUCCUCGUCCCAGCCUAACCUGCACAGUCACAGCCUCCCACGGACGCACUCCUCCUCCUCGCUGCCCGACUUCAGUGUGGCCAACCCCGGCGUGGGGGGGCCGCACGGCUCCCCUCCGUGCCCCAAUGGCGACGCCUUCGCCGCAGACGUGACCUCAGCUGGGCGACCUCUCAUACGCUCGCAGUCUUUCCACAACGCUCCAGGGUCUCCUCUUCUUUACCGACACCCGGCUUCCCUCCUCCCACCCCACCAGCACUACCCCCUCCCCUUCCUGGCCAACACCCACUACCCGUUCCAGUACCCGGCUUCUCCGGGUUCCCCAAAACCGGUGGGCCUCCAUGCCCCCCUGACCCGCGUGGCCAGCAGCCCCACCUUCCCGUCCGUUCCCUCCCCAGCACCGGGCUCGCCCAAUCUCCUCACCGCUGACUCUCACAGCAGCAGCGAGAGUCCGCCCAUGCCCCCGCCCGCCCCCCAGCACCCCGGCAUGUGGCCCCCGCACAGCCAGCCCCUCUUUUCCCUGGCCAACGUCAUCUCCAUGGCGAUGAGCAUGGCGCACUCUUUCAUCCCGCCCUCGGGUGUGCCCGCGCAGGGGGUGCCCUCCUACGGGGGCUUCCACCCCGAGCACUACCAAUACUACCAGACCCCCCCGCAGGAAGUGCCUUACCCCACAGCGGGUCUGCCAGCCCAGAAUGUCUACCCCGGCUCUGUGAACACGCCCCCGAUGGACGGAUUGCCUCCGGGGGACUCUCCAAGCUGGCUCGCCACGCCUCCGGGUGAAUCUCCGAGUUGGCUCGCCACGCCGCCGGGUGAAUCUCCGAGCUGGCUCGCCACGCCCCCGGGUGCUCCUCUACAGCAGGGGGGGACCUCCGCCCCCGCCAGCCUGCCUCAGGAUUGCCUCGCAGCCUUCCCAUCCCAGGCUCCGGGUCCAUCCGAAGUGUCCGGUUUAGCUUCCUCGUCGGAUCUUUCGCCCUCGCCGACAGACAGCCCGCAAAGCACCUUGUCGUCCACUCAGCUGCACGCCGCUCGGCCAGACCUCAACAGCAGAACCGCUAAUUUAGCGCCGUCAAACAACUCCGGAGAAGCGGCAGCCGCGGUGACGGUGGGACGCUUCCACGUGACCCCCAGCACCGAUGUUCUGACCUCGGCUUCGCCGGACUCCAGAGGCGGCGGCGGCGGCGGUGCUCGGUCAGAGAGCAGCGCCGAGGAGCACUCCGAGACCAGCAUGGAAACCUCCGUGACCACGUCCCCCCCUCAGUCACACUCGGGCCUCCCGCAGGACGCAGACAAGCAGGAUGCUGAGGAGGAUGAUGAUGAUGAUGAGGAGGUAGUGGAGGAGCGUCCGAGGACCAGGAGGCGCGGUCGGAGGCGGGCGCACAGCCUCAGCCUGAUGGGCACGUCCGCAGACAGCGGGCUGUCGGUGACGGCGGCCGAGGUGGAAGGACGGCUGUGGGACGGGGCGGCCUGCAGCCCCCAGCACGGCAACGCCCUCCACCACCUCUGGAUGAUGACCUACAACCACAGCGCCCCCUACCUGAGCAGCGACGACUCGGACAGUGACGACGAGGAGAUGCUGGAGGAGCUGCAAGAACUUCGAGAAAAACACCUGUCGGAGGUCCAGGCCCUGCAGGCGUCCCAGAAGCGGGAGAUGGAAGAGCUGUACGAGAAGAUGGGGAAAGCCCCCCCGCCAGGCAUCGUGUCCCCUGCCGCCAUGUUGUCAGGCCGCCAGCGCCGUCUCUCCAAGGGCACGAGCGGUUACCCUCCAUCCCGCAGGAACAGCCUGCAGCGCUUGGAUGUGCUGCCGCUCCAAGGUGGCCACACUAGUAUCAUCAGAAGGAACUCUCUGGGAGGAAGCAGCAGCAGCUCCCAGGACAAACCCAACAAAGGCGUCACGUUCGCCACGGACAUCAGUCGAAUGACAGUCUCAGCAUCCGCCGCUGAACAGCCGGACUACCUCAUCUGAAGCCAAGGCCGCGGCCGUCCGAGCCCUCCGAGACCUCGCCAACAUGGUCGCCCUAGCACAGAAGACCAACUGUAAUAUAAAGAGGAUAUUUACUCAACAUAAUAACAUGAAAUUUCCUAAUAAUAAUAUUAAUGACACCAGCCAUCUAGAUUUAUUUUUGUGGUAGAACACGGCUGAAGAUGACGAGUUGAAAGGCCUUCUCACCGAAAUAUCCAACAUGAUGUAAUCAUUAUGUUUAUAGUUAUGUUUAUAAUAAAUAUAAAAUGUAUGUAAUGACACAGUCGUCACUCGCAAUAGCGCGUUUGAUUGUUGCUCCCUCUAUAUUGCAGUUUCUUAGACAGAAUAAAUGAUGGCUGUUUGACAGUAGCCUGGUCUAUAGUGGUGUGUCGAUCAUGAACGAACGGGUCAAAAGAACUAGUUUUUUUAUGUGAACGCCCCUAAAAUACCCGUUCAGUUACAAAUGCAAAGUCAACUUCGAUUGCCUGGACCUCGUUCAUUUCGUUCACAAAAAAGAACUAGUUCUUUUGACCCGUUCGUUCAUGACCGACACACCACCAGUCAUCACGUGUUGUUGCGCUGUUGAGUCUGAACGAACGUGAACAUGAGUGAACGGACUGACUCGACACGGCUGACCGGGUGUAUGCACAGGUGGAGAUCACAGGCUUAACGACCAAUUGACCGAAAUGAACGGAUCUUUUUACUGAAUGAACCGGAAUGUUCCGGUUCACUGAAAUGAACGGUUUUGCCCACCACUACUUGUCUCUGAUUCGUCACGACAUUUUUAAAUACAAGCGAUAUGUAGUAUUGUGGUCAUUAGACGGCAGUAGUGACACAAAACGCAUCACUUUAACACUGCAUGAAGUCAUGAAGUAACGAGGGAGUGAAAAUACCGUCUCUUUAAGUGGUAAGUGUUUGGCUUCUUAACUUUAGAAGAAAUAAAUUCGAGGCUAACCUGUUAGCUUGUUAGCUCGCUAGCUUGCCGCCUUCUUGAGUGAUGCGCAAUGUACGAACAAGGUGACAAUAUCUGUGUUACUUUAUGCCUUCAGGGUGCUAAAAGCCAUAUUUAGCACGAAAAUACUCAAUUUCUUAACUAUGAAUCUUGCCUCCCGGUCAGGUCUGCAACCAAUUAACGGCUAUAAACGAGGGACGACUGUAUCUCUAGCAUUUUUAGCUUCACUGCCCCUCUUCCUGAUUGGCUGGAAGCUAUCACAUGGUUCCCUGCCUUAUAAGGGGUUACAGCUUGUGCAAUAUCGACCAAAAUAUGAGGGAAAUGUCAUAAAAUAAUCAUGUCUAUGUUGUGAUUUAUAAUAUGAAUAAUCAUCCAAUGCUGAUUGUACAUUUGUAUGAAGUAGUAGAGUGCAUUUAUAGACUGUUUACACCCUUGGAUAGCUCAGCAUCUCUUCUCAUUCAGAAAGAAACAUAUAUAUAUAUAUGUAUACAUAUAUUCUAUAAAGUGACUUUAUUAGAUGAAGCACCUCAUGCACUUUAGCAAGUCUUUUCCUUUCACGCAUUUUGGUCAAACUGUGUUCACUCCAGGAAGUUGCAUCUUGGUUUAAAUGGAGAAUGUUAUUGCACACGUGCCUUAUUGAAUAUCCACACCACACACUGGACAGUGAACAGUGAACGCACCACAAGGAUAAUACAGUGGAUCCCCGUGGAUUUUUGAGUAUGAAAAUACUUUAAUAUAUAAAAUGUCAAUGUUUCAUAAGAUAUUACUUUUCAUUCAGAAAUAUUGUAUAAAUAAGCGACAAUACACUCGCACUUUUUUUUUGGCGGUCCUUAAAACGCACCACAGUUCGUCUGCGUCAUUAUGAGGCCCCGCAACCAGUCCAGAGUGUACCCCGCCUCUUGCUCAAAGUCAGCGGGGAUAGGCUCCAGCAUACCCCCUUGGCCCUAGGGAGGACAGGCGGCGUACAAAGUGGAUGGAUGGACGUGAGGCAUUUUUAGGAAUUCCACCUGGAUUGUGUCGCGAGUGAACAACAGCAAUUAAAGAAACAGCGGUUCCCUGAACAGUCACUUUUUUUGUGUGUGCAAAUGUUGAUCCAAAAUCAACAUCAAGGUGGCAGGAGGAUUUGGAGAGGAGCGAGACGUGUUUGAAAAGUGGACAUUUUUAUCAAAUUACUCGUGGUGGUUGAAAGUGGGGAUCUACUGUAUAUUCAAAAGCAAGCAAGCAUUGCAUUUCUCCCAAAAAUAAAGAAUGUAAAUGUCUCUUGUUUUGCUGUAUGAUGAAUCUGUGCCUUUCUUCCUCUUCUCCAGGGUCUUAUUUGUAAUUUCUACUCUGCUAGACUGGAUGUUUCUUCUAGUCAAUUCCUCAGAUUAUAAAUAAAGACUGUUUAAUACAUGUGUAUCCUUUAU